AUGGCGUUGCUGGUGUUACAAUUUGUGACGCCGCAACUAAUUCCUUCAGCACCGUUCCCAAAUCCGGGAGUUGGAAACCGCUGUUACACUGCUUGGAACACCCGUAGCACCUCGGAACCUCCGGCAGUACGGGGCCACCUAUGUCAAGACCCUACACUGACAGGACGCCUUUGUAUACUGAAAUGGGUCAAAUCGUACCGUUGGUUUGAUAAGGUCCAUGAGCACACGAGUCAUGCUGCUGCACUCUUGAACCAAAAUGGCUUGAAGAGGUCAAACAAUUUCAUCUUUUCUGGAAGGAAAGUGAGACGGACACAACCAAACGGGCACAAAGUCUCUCCGCAGAGUGUCGAUAACUUCAUAGGCACAAUGCAACGGCAGUACAUGGACAUGGCCAUCGAUAUCCUGAGGCCAUGUGGGAGCUCUGCUGUCCUAAAGAUAACGCUGAGCCGAACGCUGCGAGCCGUUGUGUCUCUCCGUGGCCUCAUCAUUGAGUGGGUUUUGGUGAAAGGUUUCAACGAAGACUUCUACACCGAGGACGACCAGCUUGAUAUUUGGACAAAGUCGCGAUACCAAGUUUUCCAGAAGGUCACCGAUCACGCCAAUGCUGCCAUGUUGCACUUCUUCUCGCCCCUGGUGCCGGACUUGGCAGUGAAAUCAUUCCUGACGUGGCUGCACAGCUACCUCAACCUAUUCUCAGCGCCUUGCAGACGGUGCGGAACACGUCUACAGCACAACAUGCCACCUACGUGGAGGGACGUGCGCAACCUUGAUGCCUACCACGAAACGUGCAGACCGUGAUGCUCUCUGUGCCAGGUCUCUCGAGGUAAUCGGGCUCCGCCAUGCUUGCAGUGUGCUGGUGGCGAACCAAGGAGUUGUGCAGAAGACUGCAUUUCUGCUUGGAGAUGCUGUGGUCUGUUUCAUUCUGUGUGGGUGAAGAUAAAACGACGGUUGCGCAAAGUUCAUUUCA